AUGCGCCUACCUCGAUAUCUCUUCCUUCUCCUAGCAUGGAUCCUUCCAGCAGUCAGCGCCGCCAUCCUCGCCAUCGACUACGGAGCAGACUUCACAAAACUGUCUCUCGUCAAGCCUGGAGUGCCGUUCGAUAUCCUACUGGACCGCGACAGCAAGCGCAAGAUCCCUAGUGUCGUGAGCUGGAAGCGCGACGAACGCGUCGUCGGGACCGAGGGCAAAUUAGCGGCAACAAGAUUCCCCAACACUCACUACCCCUACGUCAAGGCGCUGCUGGGCGCGACCGAGCUGCCUGACCUCGACAUCUUCCCCAACCCUCCGGUCCUUACAGAGGGCGGCGCGCUCGUGUUCAGCCACGACAAGCUGCCCCAGCACAUCACACCCAAGCCCGACGAGAAGGAGGCGUGGACACCUACCGCGGUUCUGGCUCAUCAACUUGCGUACUACAAGUGGCUGGCGGAUGCGGCUGCCGGAGAGCCUGUUACCCAGGCAGUGGUAACCGUUCCGGCGUGGUUUAACCAGGCGCAGCGCAAGGCGUACCGCGACGCACUCGAGCUGCAGGGCAUUCACUGCAUGGCCAUGAUCGGUGAGGGCACCGCCAUCGGCCUCAACUACGCCAUGACUCGCACCUUUCCAGACUACAACCCCGAGACUGGCGAGGGAGAGAAGGCCUACCACCUCGUGUACGAUUCUGGCGCGCUGUCGACCUCGGCGACGGUGCUCGCCUUCUACCAAACGUCAUGGAAACCCACACCCAACUCGAAGAUGGUCAUUAACACGACCCACGUCGAGUCGAUCGGCGUCGGGUGGGAGGACGUCGGUGGCCUCAGCCUUGAUCUCGCUCUGCGCGACCUGAUUCUGGACGACGUCAUCUCCAAGACGGGCAAGAAGGACAUUAUCCACGACAAGAAGGCCAUGGCCAAGAUCGACAAGGAGGCCAUCCGCGUCAAGCAGAUCCUCAGUGCCAACCAGGAGGCCACGACUUCAAUCGAGUCCGUUAUCGACGACCUCGACUAUCGCUCCAAGGUGUCGAGAAUGGCGCUGGAGGGCAAGUUUGACGGCAAGAUGACCGACUUCAUGAAGCCCAUCAGACAGGCGCUUGAUGCUGCGGGCCUCGAGCUCAAGAACAUCUCCUCCGUCAUCCUCUUUGGCGGCAACACGCGUGUGCCCUUUGUCCGCGCUGAGCUCCACGAGGUCCUCGGUUCCGACGAGCUCAUCGCCCAGAACGUCAACGCGGACGAGAGCGCCGUCCUUGGCGCGGCGUUCUACGGCGCGUCGUUGAGCCGCCAGUUCAAGAUGAAGUCUGUCGAGGUCCACGAGCGCAGCAUUUACGAGAUGAAGAUGGGCGACGAGGUCAUCUUCCCGGCUGGUACGCCGCACGGCGAGCGCAAGUCGGUCCUCCUCAAACCCGAGGACGAGAUCAACAUCAAGUUCUCCCAAGAUGGCAACCCGAUCUCGCAGCUCACGAUCCCCGGUAUCAAGGACGCACUCGCCAACUUCACUGGCUCUGAGCCUGCCGUCAAUGUCACUGUUAGACUUGACGCUAGAGGCGUUCUGAGCGUUGCCAAUGUGGCCCUGGUCUCGGAGGCCAAGGACGAGCCCGAGGCGGGCUCGGGUGGUGUUGCCGGGGCGCUCAAGGGCAUGUUCGGCGCCAAGAAGGAGGAGACCUCCGAGGACCCCGACGUUGAGGCUGAGGCCGACCCCGAGCAGCCGGAGGCGGAGAGUAACGACACCGACUCCAAGCCUGCCAAGAAGGUUACCAAGCCCCGCGUCGCACUCAAGUUCCGCGAGAAGCCGAUUGGCCCGACCCAUCUCACCAAGGAGCAGAAGUCGCAGACGAACCAGCGCCUGCGUGCGAUCGCGUCGUUCGAGAGCGCGAUGCGUGCCCGUGAGGAGGCGCGCAACAUGCUCGAGGGGUACCUGUACAAGCUCCAAAACCUUCUCUCGAGCGACGAAGGCGAGCACAAGAACCUGCAUAUCUUCAGCACCAAGGCGGAGCGCACUCGCAUCAAGGACCUGGUGGACACGACUCUCGACUGGCUGCACGAGCAUGCUGACGACGCGACGGUGCACACGCUGAUUCGUAAGCGUGAGGACAUCGAAGCGCUCGAGCAACCGAUUGUGACACGGUUCGACGAGUUCGAGAAGCGCCCCACGGCUGUGGUCAACAUCCGCACGGCGUUGUACGCGGGCCGUGCGUUCGUCGACGAGGCGCGCGAGAACAACACUCGCGCAGCCGAGGAGGCCAAGACCGCCCCUGCUGACCAGCCUGUCGCGCCUCCGCGCUACACCGAGGCUGAGAUUCAGGAGAUCGAGGACAUGCUCCUCGAGGGUGGCAAGUGGCUCGAUGAGCGCAUGGAGAAGCAGGUGGUCCUCGACGAGGACAAGACUGCGGACCCAGCGGUCUUCGCCGACGACAUUGACGCGUGGGGCCGGAAGAUCCAGGGAGCCGUGAUGCGGCUCACGUUGCGCAAGCCACCGCGCAUGCCAAAGGUGAAGCCGGCCAAGGCUGCCGAGGAGAAGAAGGAGACGACGGAGAAGGAUGGUGCGCCAAGGCACGAGGAGCUCUAG